AUGUUGCCGAAACCAACUCAAGAGACUGCAUGGAAGCCCAUAUACAUCGGAGGAAUAUGUUCUUUCAUUCAAACCGUUCAGUUUGCAAUAUUCUUCCCCUCAAUGUGGCCUUACAUUUUGACGUUGCAACCUGAUCUGAAACAAAGCAGCUUCGGAAUCGUCGUUGCUGCCUACAGCUUCACUCAAUGCAUUUUCUCCCCAUUUUUCGGUUAUUGGAGCAACAAUAUCUCUCAAGUCAGACUUCCGAUGAUCAUCGGAUUCAUCAUUAUGGCAUUCGGAAAUUUGGUUUACUUGAGUCUUCAAUUCUGGAAUGACCAUUAUCUCUAUGUUAUGAUGUUCUCAAGAUUGAUUGCUGGAGCAGGAUCUGGGAAUAUGAGUCUCCUCCGCGCCUAUGCAUCCACCGCUUCUACUUCUAAAGAUAGAUCAAAAGCAAUUGCCUGUGUCUCAGGAGGGAUUGACAUCGGGAGUAUGGUCGGUCCUGCUCUUCAAUUGCUCUUCACACCACUUGGAGCUGAAGGAAUUACUACUCUUGGAUUAAAAAUCGAUAUCUACACCGCUCCAGCACUUCUUUGUCUAGUCAUCAAUACUAUCGGUUUACUGAUUGUUCAGUUAGCUUUCGUCGAAAAGCAAAUUAUACUAGAUAGUGCCGACUCUAGUGCUGAAGAAGAUGUGCCAAAGAAGAAACUGAUCAAUCCAUGUAUGAUUGCAAUUUCUGUGUGUAUAAUGACCCGCUUCACUCAACAAUUUAUCAAUACAACAGUCGAAAGUAUCGACGUUGCUUUCACAAUGAUGAUGUUUUCUUUUGAAAAAGAAAAGGCUGUCGCGAUUAAUGCUACCAUGCACACGAUUUCUGGAGCGAUUGCGUCUGUAUUGUAUCUCUCAUUCAUCUUCACUGGAAUCCGGAAAUAUCUAAAGGAAUGUCUUUAUUCAGUGAUAUCUCUUGUUAUUCCUCUCGUCUGGAUGCUCUCCACAUAUCCAUACAACUUCUACAAGGAUAAUGCUUACUACGCCGGAUUCAUAAUGGUGUUUGGAGUAUCCUUCUCUAUCAUAAAUAUCACAAACACUACUCUCUACUCCAAAGUUGUCGGACCAAGACCACAGGGAACUUAUCAAGGAUUUUAUCAAAUGGCUGGAUCGUUUGGAAGAAUGAUUGCUCCACUUCUUAUGAGCGCUACCUACACUUUUUUCGGUCCAAGAAUCCCAUGGUUCAUUCUUAUCGGAAAUUUCGUCGUAAUCAUUGCUGCCUGGAUCGUGCUUCGAAAGAAGAUGGUUCCAUUCGAAGAAUAUGAAGCAAACCGUGUUCGAUGUUCUGUUGCUGAUACCAAUGUUUGA